AUGUAUGGUGAUAUUAAAAUUGAAUGUUUAGAAUCAUUAAUUGCUAAUAUAACUGAAUUUGAUUCGGCAUAUUUAGAAUUACGUGCAGCAGGAAUAUUAGAUAUUCUUAUUCACAAGUAAAUAAUUUUUUUUUUUUU